CACGGAUAAUAGAUAGACAUGGUGUCUGGACGAGCAACGAUGACGUCACCAUAGCUGUCAAGGGUUUAGGAAGACUGUAUACAACGUACGAGAUGGACUUCAAAACCCUAAUGUCCGGAACAAUUUUAAAUACAAGUGCAUCUCCAUUGACAACAGCAGAUGGCAUCAGCAUAGCAAAAUAUCUCGAGGGAGAACAUAAGAUUGCAUGGACAGAAGCAUUACUGGAGCUUGAUGACGUCACCGAGAAAGAGUCUUUAUUGUAUGACUUAGCCGUGACUUACCACGUGGUGGGCAGGUCACGGAAAGCAUUGGCUAUCUUAAAGGAUUUACACCAGACAGGUACCAGACGUGUUGCGAGCAUGCUUAAUAUCGUCAGGCAGAAGGCCGAGAAAUCUGAAGAUAAAGAGCCGCACGAAAAGCCAACAAGUACAGUUGCCGAGAUGGACCAUACCUACCGGAAACUGUGUCGGGAAAACAUACAGUCUAAAAACAACCUCCAUUGUUACAACAAAGUGACACGAAUCCCCUACUACACAGGUAAAGAGGAGGUACUGAGCUACGUACCACGAAUAUCCAGGUUCCAUGACGUCAUAUCUGACAUGGAAAUAAUGCAAGUCAAGUAUGCAUGCAAGGCGCAUUUAUCGCCAGCCAACGUCAUUGGUCGAUUUGGCAAAGUCAUGCCUAAUUAUAAAACUAGAACCGGUGAAACUGCAUGGAUAGAACCGUCAGAGAAAAUUGCCAAAAAACUAGAAAAUAGAGUUGAACUGUUAACGGGACUAGAUACAUUCUAUCGUGAAGAAAUGCAAACUACGGAACAUUUCGAGUUGGUUAACUACGGGCUCGGCGGACACUACCUAAAUCACUAUGAUUCACUAGAUUUAAAUAAAAUCAAGACUAUUAACCGGGAUUACGCUUUGGGAGACAGAUUUGCGACAUGGAUGUUUUACAUGAGUGAUGUAGAAGCAGGAGGCGCCACGGUGUUCCCAAAGCUCAAUCUAAGAAUACUUCCAGUGAAAGGAUCCGCUGUUUUCUGGUACAACUUACUGCCAAGCGGUGUCCGUGACGAACGGUCCAUGCAUGGAUCGUGUCCAGUAUUACUAGGGUCAAAAUGGAUAACUACAAAGUGGAUACUUGAAAUUGGUCAAGAAUUCCGGCAACCAUGCAAAAGAAAUCCUUUGGAUGAACAUUUCUAAAUUUUUAUCGCAUCGAGCAAUCAUCAUGAAUAACUUUCUUUGGAUGUACAUUUUCUGUGAAUACAUCUGCGACAUCGAAUCAGCUGCUUCGUCAGAGGUUUAUUUCUCUUGUUUCAGGUGUAAAAGUAUGAGUCCGUCAUACUAACUCAAUAAACAAAGUACGCGUCAAUGUGCGUCAUGUAAUGUGUAAAUCAAAUGCACUGGCAUAUUGUUUUGUUUAUUUGGCUUUAUUUUUGGUAGGUUCAAAAAAUAAUUGAU